UAUUUAUAGCCCAUUAGUCUUUAGUUUAACCAAAAGAAAACAAUAAGCCCAUUUAAUUUAAAACACAUACUCGGCCCAUUCUUUUUUUCUUUUAGUUUUAACUAAUUUCAAACCAUAUUGGGCCACAAAGACCCUACUUUGGCCCAUAUAUUUCAUGCCCAUUUGUUGGGCUAAAAACUCAUUUUAGCAACAUAAAAAAAAAUUAUGUUGGACACAUAUCUAGGUCACAAUUGGCCACCGAGACAAUUGGCUUUUUAUAUGGCAAUUGUUGCAACAGAUGCAACAACAAGACUAAAACCAAUUUAAUCAAUUUAUGAUUCUAUGCCCAGGGGCCGUGGAGCCGUUUCUUUUCUAUCUGCUCCUUCAGCGUUAGCUGCAAUGGUGCUAGAUGAGGAGACGAACAAGGAUGAGGGGGAUACACUCCCUUUGACAAGAUGGAUUCCAAGCCUUAGAAAUGCAAGGGUGGUCGCGGUCGAGCCCGAAGAAGUUGUUGAAACUGAAGAUCGUGGGGAAUUUGACCCCAUUGUUGCUGACUUUACCAAGGCGGCCAUGGAGACCGAUGUUGCUCAAAGGGAGGUUGUGACUAGCGGUUCAAGGAUUGAACUACCGCCACUUCAAGACCAAGAGGAGGAUACUGCCAGAGGUGGCGAGGAUGUGCGGCCCAUGGUCAAACUGGAUGUGUCUGGGAGCGAAAUGGAAGAGAUUUCCAUGUGGGUCCCCAAAUCACUGACUAUGACCUUUGCUCCAAUUUUACCCCUAGUAGGCAUUAGGAAGUUUGUCUUCCCAGAGGAUGCUAAGAAGCUGGAUGCUAUUCCCUUGCCUAGUCAGUUCAACUAUUCGGUGGCUCAUUACUUCACUGCUCUGCAAGGAGUGUUGAGGUCCGGACAGAAUGCAAUUGAGGACUUGGCCAAAGAAAGUGUAGAAUAUUACAACUUAAGUACGCAGCGGAAUUUACAUACCUCUUGUAGCGUGAAUUGUCAGGAACUUUCAGGUUGUGAAUUGGAAGUAUCCAAUUCUUCAGCUAACGUAAAUGAGCCGUGUGACCUGAAGUACACUUGUUGUGGUAUCUUCAAAGUAGAAACCCAUGAGGGCCACAAUGAAGUGUUUUACCAUAACAGUGUGGAAGCCGUGUACUUUUACAUACCCCAAACUUGGUUGGUUACACCUUGA